AUGACACCAAGUGCUACCAGAGAGCCAGGCCCCUUCCACGGCGUACCAGCCAAAGAGUUGGAUGAAGAUAGGAGGCAGAUUCCAAGCGGCGAAAUUGAAGCACAAGUUCGUGAGAACCUCGCGGGAGCUGGCCAUGUUGCAGUGGAAGUCAUGACCGCCCGACCCGACAGUUCCGAUAUUGAGCUUGUUGUAUUUAUUGUGCAUCGCGAUGACGAUAAUCCGUCUGUCGUGCGUGAUGGUCAGGCAACUAGCCGCAUUCCACGCCUUAUUCAGGCACCGUAUUCACUGGUGGCCAAGAUUGCAAGGCGAGGACCAGAUCGUAUGAACAUAAGUUUCGUCGCACUGCAUCAAAUGCCACUGAGCUCGGAGAGCGGCGAGGUGGACCACCAGAUGCUGCGUAAGAUUGGCAGUAUCUUCGUUUCGGUCAAAGGGAACAAUGACUGGAGCAGAACCAGUACCUGGACAGAGUCGCAGAUUGCGCUUCAUUACCUAUGGGCAAAGGUUCUGGAAGUCGACCUGGCUGAAAUUGAGCAAGACACAAGCUUCUUCCAUCUUGGUGGUGAUUCAGCCGCUGCUAUACGGCUCGUGGCAGAGGCCCGUACCCUUGGAAUCUACCUUUCGGUCGCCCUUUUGUUUGAACACCCUAUCUUGCACGAUCUGGCUGAGCACUUGCGAAAUCUUGAUGAGAAUUCGUACCAGACCCCGGAACCGUUUUCUCUUCUCUCCAGCUACCUAUCUCCCGAGGAAUGCCAAGACAGGGCAUCAAGAGCAUGCAGCGUCAAGCCUGAGAGCAUUGUCGAUGUCUACCCAUGCACACCUCUCCAGGAAGGCCUGCUGGCAUUGUCUGUUAAGCGACCAGGCGAAUACAUGAGCCAGCUUGUGAUGGACAUAUCAGCAGGAGUAGACAUGGAGAGACUCCGUGCAGUAUGGGAGCAAACAGUGGCCCUUACACCCAUUCUUCGAACUCGAAUUGUCCAACUCACGGGAGUUGGACUUGUUCAAUGCAUCAUCGAUGAAAGUGUGUCUUGGAUUACAGCUGAAGACCUCGACGAUUACCUGGACAGUGACCACUCCAAGUCGAUGGAAUUGGGUGAGGCCCUCUCAAGACAUGCCAUCGUCAGUGGCAAAGGGAAGCAUCAAUUUGUCUGGUCUAUACACCACGCUAUAUAUGACCGCAUAUCAAUGCAGUUGAUCCAAGAGCUGUUUGGCCGAAUAAUGCAGGAAAAAGAGGUAGUAUCUGCUCCAGAAUUCAGCUUGUUCGUUUCUCACGCAACUGAAACAAAUCGAGACUCUGCUGAAGCCUUUUGGGAAUGGAAUCUUAUCAACUAUGACGGCCAAGUAUUCCCCGCACUGCCGGCAAAUGUCAACGAGCCCUGUGCAACAGCCAGUGCAGAGAGGCAGAUAGCCAUACCUGAGCUUACAGAGAGCAACAUGACAAUUUCCACUCUGCUUCGAGCGGCGUGGGGCUUACUCAUUCACCACUAUUCCGGCUCAGAAGAUGUCGUUUUCGGCGCUGUUAUUUCAGGGCGAAACGCUCCUCUUCCCGGCAUUGAGGGCAUAAUGGCUCCCACUAUCGCGACUGUCCCCAUUCGCCUCGGAAUUGACCUGGAAAGUUCGAUUAUGGAAUACCUGGAGUUUGUUCAGGAGCAGAGCAUGGAGACGAUUCCUGCAGAGCAGUUUGGUUUGCAGAACAUUGCCAAAAUUGACGAUGAGACGGAGCACGCAUGUCGUUUCCAGAGUUUAAUUAUUAUCCAGCCGCCGAUGAGAGAUAUCCAGACGGAGGAAAAUACACUGGGAGUGUGGCGACCACAACCACUCGCCGGUGAAGUGACUUCCUAUGCUUUGACCAUGGUGUUUGAACUGUCCGACGACAAUAUCGACAUCAUCACCACCUACGACAACAGAGUCAUUGAGGACUGGAAGAUGUCUAGAAUGAUCGACCAUUUCAGCUUCGUCUUUGAGAAGCUGGCCCAAACAAGCCCAGAGCAAACCUUGGGAGACAUUGGCAUGUCCACUUCUGAUCUGGAGACUAUAUGGGGUUGGAACAGCCAAGCGCCAAUAGUCCACGAGCGAUGUGUGCAUGAGAUAAUCGUCGAGAAGGCUCUCCUCCGACCUGAAGCACAGGCAAUCAGUGCCUGGGAUGGAAGUUUGACAUACGGAGAACUUGAUGCCCUUUCCUCCACACUCGCUCAUCAUCUGUUAAGUCUUAACGUUGAGCCCGGGGAUAUUAUCCCUCUAUGCUUCCAGAAGUCCGUGUGGACUGUUGUAUCUGUCCUUGCCGUGUUGAAGGCUGGCGCCACCUUCUUCCUGCUGGAUACAACCCAGCCUGAGAACCGAAUCGACUCCAUCAUGUCCCAGGUAGACUUUAGGGUCAUGAUGACAUCGGUUGAAACUCAAUCAGUCAGCAACCGUUUCACUCAAAGGACAGUGGUUGUUGACCAGGAACUCUUCUCAAACCUCGAAUCUUCACAGAGUAUCUUGCCCAAGUCGUCUCCAAAGUCGAAUGCAUAUAUCGUGUUUACGUCAGGCACAACCGGUCAGCCAAAGGGAGUCAUGGUACCGCAUUACUCUUUCUCAUCAGCGAUAUACCAUCAGUCAGGUCGUGAUGCCUUCGAGCCUAAUGAACGCGUGUACGACUUUGCAUCAUUCGCAUUCGAUGUAUCUGUCAACAACAUCCUGAAGACAUUGGCUUCCGGUGGUUGUCUAUGCAUACCAUCUGAACAUGAUCGUAUCAACAAUCUGGCAAUAUCGAUACACGAGUCCAAGGCAACGUUGGCCUAUCUCACGCCAUCUGUAAGUCGACUUCUUGACCCAACUCAGUUGCCUCAUUUGCGGACACUGGCGUUGGGAGGAGAAAAGACGGGUCUAGAUGUACUUGAAACAUGGUGCCCUCAUGUCAAGGUCAUCGACACCUACGGUCCAUCCGAGUGCACACCUGUUAGUACCAUCAGUGAUGAUCCAGCCCACAGCGGUAUUGGUAUUGGCAUGGGCGUCAACACAUGGCUGGUCGACCCUGAAGACAGUGACAGGCUUGUUCCAGUGGGUGCUACAGGAGAGUUACUUUUGGAAGGCCCUCUCGUUGGACAAGGCUACCUCGGAGACCCGGAAAAGACACGAGAGACAUUCAUUGAGGACCCGCCCUGGCUCAUAGAAGGCGUUGCUGGCCAUCCCGGCCGGAGUGCGAAGCUGUACAAGACUGGCGAUCUCGUGUCCUAUUCUUUGGAUGGGUCACUGAAAUACCUUGGGAGAAAAGACACCCAAGUCAAAAUACGAGGUCAGCGUAUCGAGCUGGGAGAGAUUGAGAAUCACGUUCGGCAAGCCUUGCCACAGAUCACAGAGGUCGCCGUCCAGCUCUUUUCAACUACAGAUAUUCACUAUGGAGAAGAGCUGGUCAUGUUCGUCGUCCUUGAGAAAGGCCAAUCACUACCAGACAUCCGUGUAUCGCCAGACGAAACAACACCAAAAUUGCAUGCUGUAUCGCAAGUAAUAUCGUCACAACUUGCAGAAUGCCUUCCACGCUAUAUGAUACCAACGAUAAUGGUAACGCUUGGACGACUGCCAUUAAGCUUAUCCGGCAAGACUGAUUUUAAAGCGUUGACAAGUAUCAUGGGACGUUUCUCAGACUCCGAAAUAGCGGCACUCGGUCAAGAUAGCUCAGGCGAGGAGGGAAGCGAACCCUCUACCUCUUCAGAACUUGCACUGCAGCAGCUCUGGGCUGACCUGCUUGGUAUCGAAGCUCGCUCAAUCACAUCAAAUCAUAGCUUCUUUCGGCUGAGAGGAGAUUCGAUUGGUGCUAUGAAACUUGUUGCCGAGGCACGCAGAAGAGGGUUUGAGUUCACUGUCGCAGAUGUCUUCUCGCAUCCCAGGCUCCAGGACUUGGCACUGAUGGUGACCUCCACUGAUGAAACUCCCCAAGAGGCUUUGGCACCAUUUUCACUUCUUCAAUCUGCUGACCAGGACAAACGUCGGAAAGAAAUCGCUGAAGCAUGUGGAGUGCAAAUCGAUUGUGUUCAAGAUGCCUACCCUUGUACACCACUCCAAGAGGGCCUUCUUGCUUUGACCACACAGCAACCGGGAGAUUUUUUGUUGCAGACCAUUUUGAACCUUGAUCCAGAAACCGACGUCAAGCAAUUUAAGGUAGCAUGGGAAAGUGUCGUUGCCUUAGUCCCAAUCCUCCGCACCAGAAUCAUCCAGCUGGAAGAUGUGAGAUUGCUUCAAGUUGUCCUAGACGAGAGUCCAAGAUGGAUAAGAUCAGAUGAUCUUGAGGGUUAUUUGCAAAACAACAAGCUUCAACCAAUCGGAUUGGGAGAUUCACUGUCCCGAGUAGCAAUUGUUAUCGACUCCAAAUCGAAGGCGGUUCAUUUCGUCUGGACGGUCCAUCAUGCUCUAUAUGAUGCCACGAGUUUGCAAGCCAUUCGAGGCCUUCUUUCACGGAUCUUACAAGGCGAAAGACCUGAAACACAAACUGGAUUCAACACCUUUGUUCAAUAUCUUAAGAAAGACACUGAUCCCUCUUUUCAGAAUUACUGGCACGACGAGCUUUCGGACUUUGAAGCUGACAUAUUUCCAGUGCUCCCGAGGGAUGUGACGAUUCCAAAUGCUGACUGCCGUUUAGAAACGAAGUGGACUGUACCUCGACGAAGAGAUGAUGACAUUACUACCGCAACAAUGAUACGGGCGGCGUGUGCAUUGGCGAUAUACCGCCAUUCUGGUGACCAAGAUGUCGUCUUUGGUGCCAUUCUCUCCGGCAGAAACGCCCCCGUCAAAAGCAUAGAGGAGAUCGUUGGACCGACCAUAGCAACAGUACCUGUUCGCAUCCCUAUUAUGAUUUCAGAUUCAAUUCAGUCUUACCUUGAAAGGCUGCAAGACCAAGCACGAAAAAUGAUCCCCUUUGAGCAGAUCGGCCUUCAAAGUAUCGCAAAGCUGCACCCACCAGCCAAACACGCUACCCAAUUCCAGACUCUUCUUGUUGUUCAACCGGCAGACGACUCCAGUGGCGAAAGAACUGAGGCUGGCACGUGGCAAGCUCUUCCAGAAAGCAAGGAGUUUGCAAGCCACGCUCUCACACUCUUGUGCCAUUUGAAACAAGACCAUAUCCAAGUCACUGUAUUGUAUGACGAAAGAGUUGUGCCAAAGUGGAGAAUGGCAAGGGUUGUCGACUCAUUUGGCUGGGCCUUUCAGCAGAUGGCCACUGAACCACCGAGCAUGACCUUGAGAGAGCUUGAUGCGAUAACUCCGAACGAUAGCCGUGAUAUCUGGCUUUGGAACCGAGACUUGCCAAUGGCCAUCGAACGGUGUAUCCAUGAUAUUGUCGCGGAAAAAGCAAUCAUCCAACAUGGCGCCGAGGCUAUUAAUGGCCCUGAUCAGGAUUUCACAUAUGGUCAAAUCGACUCCAUUUCCUCUCUAUUGGCCCGUCAUUUGGUUGUGACAGGUGUUAGAACAGGACAUGUCAUACCCAUACUUUUUGAGAAGUCGGCAUGGACAAUCAUAGCAAUGCUAGCUAUCGUGAAAGCCGGGGCGGCUUUUGCCCCUGUUGAUCCUACCCAGGCAGAGGAUCGGAGGAGGCGGAUCUUAAAGCAAACCGGGGCUCGCUUCAUCCUCACCUCUGAGCGUUAUUCCGAUCUUGUCACACAGGAUGAGUACCAGGUUAUCCCAGUUGGGCCUGCCACAACAGACAUGCAUUUAGCAGAGGAUGACAUGGACGAUCUGCCACCGUUGCCAUUGGUCAGACCCGAUUCCUUGAUGUGCGUUAUGUUCACGUCCGGUAGUACUGGAGAACCCAAAGGUGUUGCUUUGGAGCACAGAGCUGUGGUGACAAGCUGCUACCAUCAUGGAUCGAGGUUCGGCUUUGACCAAACAACACGGAACUUCCAAUUCGCCAACUACAUCUUCGAUCCGUCACUGAGCGAGAUAUUUGCUACGCUUAUGUUCGGUGGGUGUAUCUGCGUUCCUACGGAGGAAGAGCGCACGGGAAACAUCAGUGCUGCCAUGGAGAGAAUGGACAUCACCUUCCUGGAGGUCACGCCAACGGUCGCGAAGUUGAUUGAGCCGAGUGAUCAUCCUAACCUGAAGAGUAUCAUGCUUGCAGGAGAGUCUACGACUACAGAAAGUUUUCAGAGGUGGCUACAGAACCCAGCAACAAAGGUCUUCCACGGUUUUGGCCCAACCGAGUGCGCUAUCCUUUGUCUUCUUGGCGAGUAUGACGUGAAUCAACCCAGUCCUCGCCGUAUCGGUCAAGCUGUAGGCUGUGCUGCCUGGGUUGUUGACCCUGAGGAUGUUCAGAAGCUUGUACCUAUAGGAUCCAUCGGCGAGCUGCUCAUCGAGGGACCUAUCCUUGCCCGUGGAUAUCUGGGAGACACUGAGCGUACCGAGAAAGCCUUCAUCGAUGCCCCCAUCUGGCUCUUGCAAGGUGGACGCAGCGGAAAGCUUUACAGAACAGGAGACUUGGUCAGUUAUGGAGAAGACGGUAGUAUACACUUCGUCGGCAGAAGGGACACGCAGUUCAAGAUCCGGGGCCAGCGAGUCGAGCUUGGAGAGGUUGAACAUCAGGUCUCCAAGGCUUUCCCAGACGCGCAGCAUGUUGCAGCCGAAGUCAUCAUACCAUCUGGUGGUGAUGAUACAACAGCGGAGUUGGCGGCAUUUGUGGUAUUGCAACGAGACUCAAAUAUCUCGGACAAAUGGGCACGCAAAUCUCCAGACUUCAAGAAUGAUACAGGCACAACAUGCUUUCCGGUCCGCGCCCCUAAUCUGUUAGAGGAUCAGCUGGCAGAGUUGCUACCAAGACAUAUGAUUCCCACUUCAUUCUUCGUCGUGGAUGUACUACCAAGGUCUGCCACCGGUAAGACAGACCGUAAGCAACUCAAGAGGAUUGGAUCCCUAUUCUCUGUUGCACAACUGGUCGGGCUGCGCAAUACCAGCGAAGGUCACAACAAACGGAUGCCCUCUACUGAGACUGAAGUCACCCUACGGAACAUCAUUGCCCGUACUCUCAAUAUCGACCCGUCGGUUAUAGGUCUCGACGACAGCUUUUACAGACUAGGAGGGGAUUCCAUUACUUCAAUGCAGGUAUCAUCUGCAGCGCGAGGCAAGGGCAUAGACAUUUCGACAACACAGAUCUUGCGACAAAAGACAAUAGCCCGUAUCUUGGCAACUGCUGGGCCAUCAACAGAGCACAGCCAGACUACUCUGAAGCACGUGGAUGUAGCUCCUGGCCAGGCAUUCCCUCUCACUCCAGUUCAGAGGCUCUACUUGGACUUACAAAAAGACGUACCUGUCGACCAGAUCGUGUUUGACCAAUACUUCUGGUUAAAGCCCCGAAGUCGCGUUGCUUACCCUACUCUGGUCCAAGCUUUGUCCGACCUGGCAUCGGCACAUUCCAUGCUUCGGGCAAGAUUACGCAAGACAUCUUCGGGACAGUGGGAGCAAUUUCUGAUCGCUUCAUCUCACGAGGGGGUUGACGUAAAACACUGUACGUCACUUGACGGAGAUCAGAUAAGCCAAGAAGUCAAAGCAUGUCGCGCUCGUGUUGACAUCGAGAACGGACCGGCUGUUUCAGCCAUUCUAUUCGACAAUGAAGACGGCUCUCAGAUGAUAUUCAUCUCAAUCCAUCAUCUUGUUGUAGAUCUCAUGUCAUGGCGAGUGUUACUGAGCGAUCUUGAGGAACUUUUGAGCGGCCGACCUCUGCCACCCUUUGCCGGUAUAUCAUUCCCGACCUGGGCGACUUUACAGGACAAUUAUAUCAAGACCCGACCCGUUCUGGAGAACUUACCGUCACCGCCUCAUGGUCCAUCUGACCUUUCUUACUGGGGCAUCAAAGGAGUGACUUCCCUCACCACAGAUGUGACAAAUCAAGAGUUUCGUCUUGACGCCGCCACAACUUCCACGCUCCUCGGACAAUGCAAUGAGGCUUUCGGUACUCGUCCUUCGGAACUUAUGAUUGCAGCCCUUUUGCACUCGUUCAGUCUAAUCUUCACCGAUAGAACCCCCCCGACAGUCUUUAACGAAAGUCAUGGUCGCGAAGUAUGGGAUGAAUCUCUUGAUAUAUCUCGCACCAUCGGUUGGUUCACGACCAUCCAUCCUGUUCAUCUAGAGCAAAAAAAGCAAACAAUGGGCUUAUUGGAUGUCAUUAAACGGGUCAAAGAUUCCAUACGGAAAGUGCCUUAUAAGGGCUGGACAUUCUUCUCAUCACAAUUCGCCAACGAGCAAUCCGUGCAAAGUUUUGAAUCACAGUUCUGUCUUGAACUUGUCUUCAACUUUGGCGGUCUGUAUCAGCAGAUGGAGCGUGAAGAUGCAUUCUUCCAGAAUAUUGACCCUCCGUCUAUGGACUGUACCCCGGAAACCAGCGUGGGUGCUCACAGAUUCUCCCUGUUCGAGGUGAACACAUCUGUCACCCGUGGAGAACUGGGGGUGAAUAUUUUCUUUGAUCAACGGAUCUCCCAACAAGAAAAGGUCUCCGCCUGGGUCGCACAAUUUCAGUCCACACUCCUGGAUAUCGCCAGAGACUUCCCACAGAUGGUUCCUGAUUGGACCUUGGAUGAUUUUCCGUCAGCUUUCGAUUCCUAUGAUGCCCUCUCGCAAUUCAAAAAGGAGACUCUGCCGACAUUAGGGCUGCGGUUUGACGAUGUUGAGGAUAUCUUUCCUUGCUCGCCUAUGCAAGAAGGUAUUUUGAUGAGCCAAGCCAAGAACCCGUCGCACUACCAAACCCGAAUGGAACUUCAUCUCUCAACUCGUCGAAAGGGUCGCUCAAUCAAUCUGAACAAGGUUGAGGAAGCGUGGAGAGGGGUUGUAAAACGACACCAGCUACUCAGGGCUGUUAUUGCUGAAAGUUUUCCGGGGAGCACACGGUCUAUGCUUCUAAUCAUCAAGGACCCCUCGCCAGCUAUUGAACGUAAAGACCACAGCACAGGGCCUAAUGCCCAGUUAGAGGACUUGCCUGUUGCAUAUGGGAUGGGAGAUCUGAGACACAGGAUGAUCAUAAGUCGAAUUGGUGACUCAGAGGCACGUCUGACCGUCGACAUGGACCACACCAUCACUGAUGCCCAUUCCCGAGGGAUCCUAAUCAAAGAUCUCCAGGCGGCGUACGAUAACUCAUUAUCAAUAGAUGCCCCUUCUUUUGGCAGCUUUAUUACGCAUAUCUACCAAAGGCCUGUCGAAGAAGGCGUUUCAUACUGGAAGUCAUAUCUGUCCGAAACUGAACCCUGCUACUUUCCCGCACUAGGAAGUGAUGGCAAUGGUUUGGAUGGCCAAGAGGAAGAAAUCAGCUUUCAAGUUCCGCGCAUUGAUACUGAUCUCUUACGAAAGGUGUGCUCCGAUUUGGAAGUCACCCUAGCUGCGGUCAUACAAGCGGCUUGGGCUGUGGUAUUGGGCCAAUUCUCAAGCUCAACCAUGCCCUCUUUUGGAAUACUGACGUCGGGGCGCGACAGUAACCUCAAGGGUAUUGAUGACAUCUUCGGACCGCUGAUUGGGAUCUUGCCCUGUCGAGUAGACGCGAGGAGCCCAGUAUCAAUUGCAGAGAGUUUGAAGAACAUUCAAGCAGACUAUCUUCAUGCGCUACCAUACCAAGGAAUUCCCCUCGCUGCAAUCCACAAUGCGAUUGGACUUGGAACAAUGCCAUUGUUUAAUACUAUUGUUUCUGUGCAAAGGGCAGACCAGAAGCCUUCCCCGGACGAUCCUUCAGAUCUUGAUGUAACUAUUCUUGGUGGAACAGAUCCAACCGAGUACGACAUAUCGAUCCAGGCCGUUGAUGAUGGCUCUAGUAUCAAUGUGUCGGUUGUCGGCCGAAGAAACGUGAUCGGGGCCUUUGGGGCACGCAUCAGCCGACACCUGGGCACCGCCAUUUCGACAAUCUUGCAAAGUCCAUCAAAGGCCUACAACAGUAUCAGUCUUUUUGAAGAUAAAGACAAGGACGAAGUCUGGACCAUGAACCAUUCGGUACCAGAGCCAGCCAAUCUCUGCGUUCAUGAUAUGAUCGCCGAGACCAUGCGGAUUCAACCACAAAGCCUAGCUAUUGAUGCUUGGGACGGUUCGCUGACAUACGCUGAACUAGAGCGCUCAGCAACAAACCUAACAAGUCGUCUGAAAGCAUCCGGAGUUUUGUCGGGAUCUAUUGUACCAAUUUGUUUGGAAAAGUCCAUGUGGACAGCUGUGGCUACGCUUGCAGUUCUCAAAGCUGGAGGCGCAUUCGUUUUACUGGAUACUUCGUUGCCUUCCAGUAGACUACAAUCUAUCGUUGAGCAAACGAAGUCUAACAUUCUUGUCGCGUCUCCAGAAACAAAGAUACUUGCAGAGUCUCUUGCGAGCACGAUUAUUCUUGUUGGAGUUGAUGACGGUCUCGUGCAGACAUCAGACCCAACAGCCGAGAAUGACGCAGCUGUACUCAAGGUUCAACCUUCAGAUACCUUAUAUGUUGUCUUUACUUCUGGCACUACCGGCGUGCCGAAGGGCGUCAUGGUAACACACAAGGCCUUUGCAUCAGCGAUUCUUCACCAGGCCGAACGACUACAAUUCAACUCGUCCGCUAGAGUCUUUGACUACGCCUCAUACGCAUUUGACGUGUCCAUCAAUAACAUGCUCAUGACCUUGGCUACGGGCGGAUGUCUAUGUGUACCCUCAGAUACAGCCCGCAAAGAUGACUUGAUGCAGGCUAUAGUGGCUUCAUGUGCAAACCUGGUUCACCUUACACCUACGGUUAGUCGAUUGCUCAAUCCUAACGCUCUCCCGGAUUUGAGGACGCUUAUGUUGGGAGGCGAAGCGCUGGGCCAAGAGGAAGCAGCCAGGUGGCCGAAUCUACGCCUGAUAAACACGUACGGGCCCGCGGAAUGCACACCAACCAGCACAAUCAGUGACCACGGUAGUGAACCUGAGCACCUCGUUCGAAUAGGAAAGGGUGCGGGAACCGUGACAUGGGUAGUGGAUGUCAAUGAUGAUACACGUCUAGCGCCUCUUGGUGUUGUGGGCGAGCUUGUUAUCGAGGGCCCUUUGGUCGGUCCAGGGUAUCUCGGAAAUGUCGAAGCUACUAGCGCUUCCUUUAUCGUCGACCCAGUGUGGCUCACUGAAGGCGCUUUAGGACAACAGGGCCGCCAAGGAAGAGUCUACAAGACUGGAGAUCUCGUACGCUACAAUACUGACGGUAGCUUGUCCUACGUCAACAGGAAGGACAGUCAAGUCAAGAUCAGAGGCCAACGCGUCGAGCUGUCAGAGAUCGAAUAUCAUGUGUCGACCUGCUACCCUGAGGCGCUCCAGGUCGCUAUUGAUGUUGUAACUUUGGCAGGGCAGAACAGUGGCCCUCAAUUGGCCGCCUUUGUUGUCCUGAGAUCCAGUGAAGAACGUCAAAGUGGUAGUGCCAGUCUACUUCAGGUGCCCGGAUCUUUGCACGAGUCUCUCGAAGAAAGACUGCCAGGCUACAUGGUACCCUCCAUCUACAUCCAGUUGGAGGCCCUUCCACUCAGUGCAUCCGCAAAGACCGAUCACAGGAGACUCAAAGCUAUCGCUGGGUCAAUUCCAUUUACCGACCUGGUUCGCCUCCGAAGCGCACCCCAAUCCGGUUCUUUGUCCGAACCAGAACGAGUUUUGCAAACCAUCUGGGGUAGGGUACUCAACAUGGAGUCCGAGGCAAUAGCCGUCACCGAGAGCUUCUUCAGAUUAGGUGGCGAUUCCAUUACGGCGAUGCAGGUGUCUUCAUCUGCUCGAGCCACUGGGUUGAAUAUCUCGACCGCCCAAAUACUUCGCCAUAAGUCCAUUCGGCGAAUAGUGGACGGACUAGACAUCAUGGCUAACCCGGCUAGCUCGGCUUCCAUUGCUCACGAUGUUAAAAUAGUCCCGAACCAGCCAUUCCCUUUGAGUCCCAUCAUGCAACUCUAUUUUGACCUUCAACAAGACCCGUUUGUUCCUUUUGAUCAGAACGUUUUACUCAAGUUGAACAGGAGGGUGUCACAUGCAGGGGUCGUCAAGGCACUGGAGUCUCUCGUGUCGCGUCACGCAAUGCUUCGCGCUCGGUUUCAACUCAAUUCUACGGGCAGAUGGGAAUCCACAAUCACUGACGAAGUGAACAAGGCCAUCUCAUUCCGACAUGCCACCGAUGUCCGUGACACUGACAUAUCUCAACUCAUUGAACAUUGUCGGGGAAGCCUCAACAUUCAGCAGGGACCCUUGGUUGCUGCUCUGUUGAUCGAAAGUGAAGCAUCUCAGCAAAUAUUCCUCUCUUGUCACCAUCUGGUGGUAGAUCUAGUUUCUUGGAGAACUACCCUAAACGAAUUUGAGGUGCUCGUAUCAUCCUCUGAUAACAGCCUCGGACCUCUGUCGAGUCUAUCCUUUCCAGUUUGGUCUACCCUACAGUCCGAGUAUGUAACAAAGAACACCAAAGCGGAUCCCGCCAUCAUCAAACGCCUCAAGUCUCUUCCAAGAUCAUAUUGGGGUCUGGAAACAGAUGUAUAUUUACACGAGUUCUCGGAAGACCGAACAUUCACUCUUGGGGAGAAAACUAGUUCAGUAACACUCGGAGGGCAGUGCAACAACGCGUUCAACACAAGACCUGUCGAACUAUUGAUCUCUGCUCUACUGUAUUCCUUUGGUAGGGUGUUUGACGACAGAGAACUGCCCAUACUCUUCAAUGAAGGUCACGGCCGCGAGAGCUGGGAUGAAUCACUGGAUAUCACUUCCACUGUGGGCUGGUUUACCACCAUGUUCCCUAUUGAUAUUUCCUCAGCGUCACCUCACAAUCUACUCGACAUAAUUCGCAGAACAAAAGACCACAUGCAAUCUCAAACUAGCAAUGGUUGGGAGUCAUUCGUUUCCAAUUUGUCUACUCCCGCGUCAGCAUCGGACUUUGCAUCUCUAUUCCCCGUGGAAAUCUUAUUCAACUACGCUGGCGCACAGCAAAGUUCGGGCGGGAAUGACGCAAUAUUCGAAAGCAUUCCUGUGCCCGCCAACAGCCAGCCCGAAGCCAUGAAGAGAUACGCACGGACAGCAUUGAUUGAGGUCCUCGUGCAAGCUGUUGAUGAUCGCAUCUCGGUGACUUUUGUUACCGAUAGCCGAAUAUCCGGUACCAGAUCGGACCAGCUUACCAGGUGGUUCAGUCUGUAUGAGAAGACUCUCAUUGACAUGGAAAGCAAACUUGGAGACAGGACGCCAGAGUUGACACUUGUGGACUUCCCUUCCGCCUUUUCAAGCUAUGAGGACAUGCAGUCGUUCCAACAAGGCUUGCUUCCAAGACUAGACAUUGAUGUGUCAGAUAUUGAGGACAUAUUCCCUUGUUCUCCAAUGCAGGAGGGUAUUCUCAUGAGCCAGGCCAAGGAUGCUGGUGCUUACCAGACACAACUCAAAAUGCGUAUCUCCACGAGCACCAAGUCUCUUGACCUGGGUGCUCUGCAAGAGGCCUGGCAUAUGGUCGUUGGUCGCCAUGCCCUUCUGCGCGCCAUCUUUGUGGACAACUUUCCAGGAAGCAAGAAAACGAUGCAUAUUAUUCUCAAAAACCCUACUAUUGAUGUACAUGUUCCUGACGAAGCGAACAUGGCAACUUCAUCCACGAUAUCACAACAUAACUCUGGCCGUCUCCAACAUCACUUGUCUAUUUCCCAGAUCAGCGAUCAAGAGGCCAACCUGCUCCUAACCAUCAACCAUACCAUCCUAGAUGCACACUCGCGAAAUCUUCUCAUCCAUGACUUGGAGGCAGCCUACUCGUCCCGACUACCAGCAAGUCCCGCUUCAUUCCAUAGGUUUACAGAUUAUGUUGAACAACAGUCUCUCGACGAUGGCUUGCAGCACUGGGCCACAUACUUGGACCAAAUUGAGCCGUGUCAGUUUCCCGCGUUAAAGUACACCGAUUCAAAUUCCACCACUCGAGAUAGGUUAGUCACCAGGCUCAACACAACAGCCUUGCGCGCUUUCUGCGAGAGCCUUGAAAUUACCCCGGCGACACUGGUUGAGGUGGCGUGGGCACUGGUCUUGAGGCAGUUCACAGGAUCGUUGAUCCCUUGCUUCGGCGUGAUCUCAUCGGGCAGAGACUUACCCAUCGAUGACGUUGAGGAAAUAUUUGGACCACUGGUAGGUAUGCUUACCUGCCGGGUGCCUCUGAAGGACGAGACCACGAUCGGAGAUCUCCUCAAUAUUGUUCAGGAUGACAUGCUCAAGAACAUGGACCAUCAGACUGUCCCCAUUGCCUCCAUCCACAACAAGCUUGGCCUUGGCACCUCGGCCCUUUUCAACAGCGUCAUCUCACUACAAAAGGUCAAGGAGGAACCUAAGAGUGGGGAUAAAGAAGUCAAUGUGCAAAUGAUUGAUGGAGACGACAACACGGAUUACGACGUUUGUAUCCAAGUAACUGACCGCAACUAUGCAAUUGAAGUUGCGAUAACGAGUCCUACCGACAUCCUUGGCUCAUGUGGCAAUCAAGUAGCGGAUAUGCUUGGCGUGGCCAUUUCAGCGAUUGUACAAUCCAAACCAGAAUCCCGCCUUUCAGACCUGGACCUUCUGAGUAACCAACACAUCGAACAGAUCCACAAUUGGAAUUCUAAAGUACCUCAACCUAUCCGUCAGUGUCUUCAUAGUUCAUUCCAGGAUCAAGCUCGCCUCCGACCCAAGAAGCAAGCAGUUGACGCAUGGGACGGAGAGUUCACGUACAAGAAGCUUGAUCUCUUGUCCAAUCAGCUGGCCUUCUAUCUCAUGUCCAUCGGAGUCGAGCCCAACGCCAAGAUACCAAUUUGGUUCAAGAAGUCUCGCUGGGCUAUCGUGGCUAUGAUGGCGAUUCUGAAAACAGGCAGUGCAUUUAUCCCGUUGGAUCCAACACAGGCCCCAGAGCGCAGGCUAGGAAUUCUCAAGCAGCUUGAUGCGAAGAUUGUGUUGGCAUCCGAAAGUGUCGAAGUGGACAUGCUAAGCCCCAACUAUCGUAUCAUCAACAUUGGUACGAACUCCGCUCAUAUGGGUCAUAAACCGUCUAGUCAACAACUCCUCCCGCCUCCUGACCCUGAAAGUCUAGCUUAUAUUCUGUUCACAUCUGGAAGUACAGGAACCCCUAAAGGAGUCCUCAUUCAGCACUCAGCGGUUAGUAGCAGUUGCUUCUACCAUGGAAAGGUUAUGGGUUUCAACAAGGACACCCGCACUUUGCAAUUCGCCUCCUUCACCUUUGAUCCCUCCGUGCUGGAGAUAUUUACCACCCUGACAUUCGGUGGCUGCGUCUGCAUGCUUUCAGACGAGGAUCGUCUGGGCUAUAAAGACGACGCACUCAGGAAAAUGGGCAUCACGUUAAUGGCUAUCACAACGUCAGUAGCGAGAUUGAUUCAACCAUCUGAGGUGCCUAACCUCGCUACUCUGCUCAUCUCUGGAGAAGUGUCCAAGCCAGAGGACUUCAAGCGCUGGUCACAUCUUCCCCAUUUGUUCCACGGCUAUGGCCCGACCGAAGCGUCUAUCUUGUGCGUCAUUGGUCGCAUAGACUUUGAAGUAGGAAACUUCAAGUCAAUAGGUACAGGUGUUGGUUGCAAUACUUGGGUUGUAGAUGCUAAUGAUCCCCACAAACUACUCCCCAUCGGUUCCACUGGAGAGCUGUUGGUGCAAGGGCCUGUCUUGGCGCAAGGAUACCUCAAUAACCAAGAACAGACCGAAGCUGUGUUUAUCCAGAGGCCACGGUGGGCAUCACGACUGGGUCUCCCAGAUGAAUCUCGUUUCUAUCGAACUGGUGACCAGGUUCGCCUGGGCGAUGAUGGAAAUAUUAUCUACAUUGCCCGCAAAGACAACCAAGUGAAAAUCCGAGGUCAAAGAGUAGAGCUCAGCGAGAUCGAGCAUCACGUCCUGGCGUGUAUCUCUGACGCUCAACAUGUCGCUGUGGAGAUAAUCAAGCCCUCUGGAGUGACUGGUCGAACUGAGUUGGCCGCAUUUGUGGUAUCCAGGGAUAAUCAGCGGACUGUAGGCAUGGGAAGCCAGGACACGUCACAACAGCCUAAACCACGUCUACUGUUACUCCCAAGCUCUGUGGAAAAGGAGCUGACCACUCGACUACCGGGAUACAUGAUUCCAACUCUCGUUGUGUCAGUAGACUGGCUCCCGCUUGGAACAACAGGCAAGAUUGAUCGUCGGGUCUUGAGAAGCCUCGGCUCGUCCAUUACGGAGUCUGAGCUUUCCGCCCUGCGAAGUACCACGCAUGGAACGAAGCGUCCGCCAUCAACAAAACAGGGAAUCUUAUUGCAGACGAUAUGGUCCCGUACUUUAGGAGUAGAGAACUCCCAGAUUGGUGUCGACGAUAGCUUCUUUCGGCUUGGGGGUGAUUCGAUACGUGCCAUGGAGGUGUCUUCCGCUGCUCGUGCUGCCGGCUUAGACAUCUCCACGCGACAGAUCCUCCAGGAGAAAACCAUUGCCAACAUCCUUGAUACCCUUUCUGAGUCACAGCCAUCGUUGUCAGCGAGCUCAGACGUCAAAAUCUCACCUGGGGACCAGUUCCCACUGAGUCCAAUGCAACAGCUCUAUCUCAACUAUCAGCAUAACCCUGGUAUGGCCUUUGAUCAGACUAUCUUCUUGAAGGUGCAUACCUCGCUAUCACACCAGCUCUUGAGUGAUGGUCUCGGAAACCUUGUCACCUUACACCCAGCUCUCCAGGCGCGCUUCCGAAAAGGAACAUCUGUGGGAUGGGAGCAAUAUCUUGCGAAGGGACAAGACAAUGCCUGUAUCCUCAACAGUGAGCCGCAAUUCGACACAGGAAAUCGCUCGAGUGUGAUAGCUGAGACACGGAAUUGUCUCGAUAUCGAAGAAGGACCCCUUCUUGCAGCAGCUUGGUUCGAACACAGCCAGGAACUGUUCAUCAGCAUACACCAUCUCGCAGUCGAUAUUGUGUCAUGGAAUAUCCUCAUUUCUGAUCUAGAAAGCAUCUUGCAAGGAUCCAUGCCGGAGCCACCAGAGAUCAGCUUCCCGAUAUGGUCUACUCUGCAAGAUGACUACGCGACCUCAAACCUGGCAUUAGACGAGCUCCAACCCACUAAACCAAUGCUAUCAUACUGGUGCGACAACGAUGAGUCAGGCAAGCCCAAGGUGUUCAAGACAUUUGAACUGAGUGAAGAUGUCAGCCAGGCUCUACUUGGGUAUUGUAACGAUCCUUUCCAAACACAGCCACUAGAGCUUUUACUCGCCGCUCUCUUGUAUUCGUUUCGUGUCACAUUUCCCGACAGGCCCAUUCCUUCAAUAUGGAACGAAGGCCAUGGCCGUGAACCAUGGGACGAUGGGCUUGACCUAGCUCGAACAGUUGGCUGGUUCACCACCCUGUACCCGGUUCAGAUGGCAGAGGAUAGGCAAGAAGGCCUGAGCAUAUGGGAUGCCAUUCGUAUGACCAAAGAUGCGAUGCGCAGUAUCUCAAAGAAUGGGUGGUCCUUUUUUACCUCCCAGUUCGCCAACUCUGAUAAUUCUAGGCGUUUCAUCUCCUCAUUCCCUGUUGAGAUAAUGUUCAACUACUCUUCAGGAGCAGGAACAAAGCAUUCUGAGAAGCCGGAUACGAUGUUUUCGACCCUUCCUUUACCUCCUGGCUGCGAGUCUCAGACGGCCCGAGACUUCCGCGAGUUUGCCUUGUUCAACGUCUUUGUGCAGAAUACCGAUGGCAGAAUGAGCUGCAACUUUUCGUUUGAUGCCAGCUUGAGGCAUCAGGACCGAAUUCACAAUUGGUUGGGCCUGUAUGAAAUGACGUUGAAAGACCUUACACUGAGACUCCCUACCCGCCAGCUUGAGUGGACACUGUCAGAUUUCCCAUCAGUAUUCGCAACCUACAGAGACAUCAAUGACUUCAAAAAGCAUGUUCUCCCGAAGCUGAGGGGGAUAGGUUUGGAUGACAUUGAGGAGAUAUUUCCUUGUUCCCCGUUGCAGGAAGGGAUACUUUUCACUCAGGCGAAGAACCCUGACAUGUAUCGAACCACGAACGUCUUUUGGUUUUCGACAGCUACAACAGGUGCUCCACUGGAUAUAGACAGGCUUCAGAGAUCCUGGCGGGCUGUAGUAAGGCAGCAUGCGCUCUUGCGAGCUGUCUUCUUCCCCGAAUUCCCUGGAGCCAGCCGGACGAUGCAUGUGGUCCUCAAAGACCCGGAACCGACUAUCACUAUCCGUAAUCGAGGAGAUAACGCAAAUGAGGUACAUGCCACUACAGAGUAUGAGCGAGCCCAGGGUCUUCUGGAGCAUCAGUUGGUUAUCAUACCUGAGGGUGAUACAGAGGCCAAACUCGUCCUCAAGAUGAACCACGCAAUUACAGACGCCUUCUCCAGGGAUAUCCUACUCAACGAUUUCACCAAAGCGUAUCUUGACGAGACUCUCACCACCAAGCAAGUCUCCUUCAGCCGCUUUGUAUCCCACAUCGACCAGCAAUCGCCAAAAGCUGCAUUGUCGUACUGGACCGAAUAUCUGAAAGAAGUUGAUCCAUGCCACUUUUCCGUUCUGGCGGAUGGUGAUGCUUCAGACAAAAACCAGGGAAAGACCAUGAUACAAGUCGCCGGCAUCGAUUCCGAUGCAAUCCGUGCACUCUGUGUUGAAUUCGAGCUCACACCGGCUAUCGUCUGUCAAACAGCGUGGGCUCUCGUACUCAGCCAAUUUACUGGAUCAACAGCACGGCCCUGUUUUGGUGUGGUGACUUCAGGACGAGACUUGCCUAUACCAGGUAUAGACUCAAUAUUCGGCCCAUUUAUUGGUAUGUUGCCAAUUUGGGUAGCAUUGGACGGCGAGAAGAAUGUCGUGGAAACGUUGAAGGCGGCACAGAGAGAUUACAUCGCAGGAUCAUCUCAUCAGUCGGUGUCCCUUGCCUCUAUUCAGAACGCUCUUGGUUUGGAGGGGGCUUCGCUCUUUAAUAGCGCCAUGUCCUUUCGACGCAUUGGAAAAAAGGAAGUCAGCAAUAGUCGAAGCCAUAUAAUUUCAGUUAUUGGCGGAGAUGAUCCAACAGAGUACGAUGUAAAUGUGCAUGUCACUGAUGAUGGAAGCACUCUCUCAGUCAUGAUAGAGGCGCCCGCAACGACGAUCACAGCCCAUGACUCUCGUAUUGGCAGUAGCUUCUCCUCCGCAUUGUCAGCCAUCGUCUCUUCACCCCAUGCUCGUAUCGUUGACUUGAACCUUCUGAGUGACGACGAGAGAAGCAAGAUCUGGCUCCUCAAUAAAGACGUGCCGGAUAGUAUUGACCUUUCCAUUCACGAAAUCGUUCAGCAAAGAGUGCAAGACCAAUCGGACGUUCUGGCAGUUAGUGGAUGGCACCGAAACCCGAAGCAAAUGGAGUUGCCAACUGGCUGCAAUGUCUGGGUGGUAGACGAGAAGAAUGAUCAAGUGCUACUGCCGUUUGGCUUGAUCGGCGAGCUCCUAAUUGAAGGCCCAAUCACCAACGACCAAGCCCAGACGGGUGCUGUUUUUAUCGAUAACCCAAGAUGGCUCUUGCAGGGCGCCACCGGAAUACCUGGUCGGUCUGGCCGCUUGUACAAGACAGGAGAUCUUGGAUUUCUUCACCAAGACGGAAGCGUUAGCUAUGUGGGACGAAAGGAUAACCAAGUCAAGAUACGAGGACAGCGGGUCGACCUGGGUGAAGUUGAGCACGCCCUCAAGUCAUGCCUGCCUCGAGCCUCUGAAGUCGUUGCUGAGGUUGUCCAACUUUCUGGGGAGGGAACGGCACCUCGCCUUGCAGCCUUUGUAACGCUUACACGAAACAAUGAGGAUGCGGCGAAGAUAUCCGAAAGUACAACCCCACGUACCUUUUCUCUCCCCGUCGAUGUUGAAAACGACAUGGUCAAGAAGGUGCCAGCCUACAUGAUCCCGACUAUCUGCUGGGAGAUGGACCAUAUGCCGCUGUUAAGCUCGGGUAAGACGGACCGCAAGGCGCUGCAAAGGAUUGCGUCUACCACUGCUGCUUCUAUGCUUGUACCGUCAAGUACUGGUAAGCGAGCACCCACAACAGAAGCUGAACGCAUUCUUCGCGAUGUUUGGGGCGACGCCCUCAAUAUCGAACCCUCCAGCAUUGGCCUCGACGAUAGCUUCUUCCGGCUGGGUGGAGAUUCCAUCACUGCCAUGCGAGUCUCUUCGGGUGCAAGAGCCCAAGGGCUAUGGGUCUCUGUGGCUCAAAUCCUUCGUGAAAAGACCAUAUCUCGAAUCUUGGCCUCAACUGAAGACAAUCAAAAGUCCUCAUCUGUUGUUCCCGUACCUCUUGAGCUUGUUACAGGCCAGAGCUUCCCUCUAAGCCCCAUCCAGAACCUUUAUUUCUCUACACAGAUCGACCCGAGGAUAUCAUUUGACCAGGCUUUCUUUCUGAAGCUAAGGACACGUGUGUCACAUGCAGAGCUCUGCAACGCAUUGAGAACAUUGAUUAUCCAACACCCAGUCUUGCAUACUCGGUUCCGGGAAACAUCGCCCAGCGUAUGGGAACAAAUACUUUCUGAUGACUUCGAUUCGUCAUUUUCCGUUCAGUACGAGAAAUGCCCCAAGGAGACUGAAGUGUCUGUCCUCGUUGCUAGCGCAAGGGAAAGACUAGACAUUGAGAAGGGUCCCCUGCUUUCCUCCAUACUAUUUGAUGGAGGAGAAGAAGUUUCUCAACGACUCUUCAUCUCAGUUCACCAUUUGGUAGUCGAUCUCGUUUCGUGGAGAGUUUUGCUACAACAACUAGAGGAACUCCUAGUCCUUGGAACAUCUCCCGUUCAAUCAAGCCUGGCAUUUCCAACCUGGACUAGAAUGCAAAGGUCUUAUGCACUUGAACAUCUAGACUCGAAAUCUGAGCUUCUCUUCACGCCUUCGCCCCCUAUGCUCUCCUAUUGGGGGCUGGAUGCCAGUCACACCACAUCAAAGAUGCCUAGUACCCUAGACUUCUCCUUGGGCGAAACUAUCACCUCUGCCAUCCUUGGUGCAUGCAAUGGCGCUUUCCAGACCCAGCCGGUUGAGCUGAUGAUAUCAGCCCUCAUGUACUCUUUCAAUAAGGCAUUCCCAGAUAGAGGAGUCCCUGCCGUUUUCAACGAAAGUCAUGGCCGCGAAGUUUGGGACGACUCAAUUGACAUCUCGCAGACGGUUGGUUGGUUCACAACACUCUAUCCGAUUCAACUCUCCAUCGGCGACGAUAUUGUAGGCAUUACAGAAUUUGUUCGUCGAACCAAAGAUGUGAUGCGUAGCAUACCGAGGAACGGCUGGGACUACUUUACCUCCUCUUUUUCGACCUCAGACAAGGCGAGAGACUUCAUCUCUCAGCUCCCUUCAGAAAUCACAUUCAAUUAUGCUGGCCUGUAUCAGCAGAUGGAACGGAAGGAGGCUUUGUUCGAGACCAUCCCCUUGCCAGAAGGCAGUAACCCCCCUUCGUUGACUAAAUACCAGCGUUCGUCCCUGUUCGAUAUCCUUGUCCAGGUUAGCAACGGUCAACUGCAUGUAAUGAUGGUUUAUGACGAGACAUUAUUACGGCAAGAGGGUAUCAAAUCGUGGAUGCAUCACUACGCGGAGACUCUCACAACCAUUGGGUCUGACUUUGCUACGAGAGUAGCCGAAUGGACACUGGCAGACUUCCCGGGAGUGUUCGAGUCCUAUGCAGAGAUGGACCAGUUCAUCCACACGACCUUGCCCAACUUGGGAAACGUUCCUCCAGAGGUUGAUGAUAUCUUCCCCUGCGCACCGAUCCAGGAAGGUAUGCUGGUCAGUCAAAUGAAGAGCACUGAAAACUAUCAGACGACUUUUGAAGUGGAGCUCUCCACCAGCAAUGAUGGGAUACCUUUGGAUCUUCAACGUAUUCGGGACGCAUGGUGCAAAGUAGUCAAGAAACACGCGCUUUUGAGAUCCGUCAUUGUUGAAGGCGGACACUUGCACAUUCACGUUGUUCUCAAAGAUCCUGUACCUGAUGUCGAGGUUCAGGAAUUGAGAGGUCAGCCCGGUCAGCUUCUCAACAAUACUGAUGAUGAGGACCGCAAAUCUAUACCUAUUGCCAGACUACAGCAUCGACUGCUGAUUGCUCGCCAAAGCCCAACAGCUGCCCGUCUUAUGUUUGAAAUGAACCACGCCAUAACAGACGCGCACUCGAAAAGUAUCCUCAUCAAUGACCUUCGAGCAGCCUUCGACGGCGAUCUCGACACUCGAUGUCCCUCAUACAAAGACUUCAUCACGUACAUCGGGAAGACGUCACAUGAGCAAGGCCUAGCCCAUUGGCGAUCGUAUCUUGACAAAGUUGAGCCUUGUUUCUUUCCCCGCCUGGCGGAGAGCUAUGCAAACACCAAGGAAACGGCCAUCGAGGUUCCUGACAUUGACACUGCUCAACUGCGCCGUUUCUGUGCAGAGCAUGAGGUGACGCCUGCCACGGUGCUGCAACUAGCGUGGGCGGCCGUGUUGAGCCUAUACACAGGUUCUUCUUGUCCAUCAUUUGGCGUCCUAUCUUCCGGUCGGGAUGUGCCAAUCGAUCGCGUGAACGACAUAUUUGGCCCUUUCAUCGGUAUGUUGCCAUGUAAGGCCCCACAGACGCCGGAUGCUCCCUUCAAGGCGCUUCUACAAACACUACAAAAAGACUAUCUGCAAGGUCUAUCACACCAAGCCGUCUCUCUUGCCGAGAUACACAAUCUCCUUGAACUUGGAUCUUCGUCACUCUUCAAUAGUGUCGUGACGUUACAGAAGGUUGUCAAGGGAGCUAGUCAGGAGAGUUCGGCUGUCCAGGUUGAUUCUAUUGCCGGCGAGGAUCCCACUGAGUAUGAUAUCUGGAUCCAAGCCAUAGACAGCGAUGAAGCUUUCGAGGUUAUCAUCGUCAGCCGGUCCGAUUUCCUUGGGUCCGAGAGCUCACGCGUCGCAUCUUCAUUCUCCAAUGCAUUGUCUGGGAUAAUCAGUGAUUCUUCUUCCACUCUAUCGAAGCUGGACUGCCUCUCCGAGCAGGAUCGACAGUGCUUAUGGAUCUGGAACAGAACUUUACCUGAAGCCUCCAAGACGUCUGUACGAAGCAUGAUUGAAGCGAAAGUCAGAGAACAGCCAGAUCAUCCAGCUAUCGACUCUUGGGACGGAAAGCUUACCUACAGCGAGUUAGAUUCUGAGGCAUAUUCACUGAGCAUGAAGUUGCUCCACCUUGGUGCACAAAAGGGAUCGCUUGUUCCUAUUUUCUCGGACAAGUCCCGCUGGGCCAUCGUGGCGUUAUUCGCAGUCAUGAAAAUAGGGGCCACAUUUGUGCUUCUUGAUACCGGCCUUCCGCAGCAGCGAUUACAUACCAUGUUGAACAGGAUAGGGUCACCUAUACUGCUUGCUACCGAGAGCACUUUCCGAAGGGCACAGCCUAUGGCUGACAUGGUUGUUCUUGUUGGCCCAACGCCUUCGUUAUCUGAUUCCAUACCUCUUCAAAAACUUCCCACCACUGACCCUUCAUCAGGCCUAUACGCUGUGUUCACAUCUGGUACGACGGGUGAGCCUAAGGGCGUACUUGUCAGCGAUAGAUCCUUUGCCUCUGCAAUUCAACACCAAGCACAACGUAUGGGCUACUGCGGUUCAUGUCGAGUUUUCGACUUUGCUUCAUAUGCCUUCGAUGUCUCCAUCUCCAAUAUCCUCUUCACCCUGACGGUAGGAGCAUGUCUUUGCAUCCCGUCGGAAGAUGAUCGAAAGAACAGGCUCACGCAUUCUAUCAACUCUUUCAAUACCAAUUUUAUCGAUCUGACGCCUGCUGUCAGUCGCUUGAUCGACCCAAGCGAGGUGCCUGGCGUGAAGACCUUGAUCUUGGGUGGCGAAAGCUUGAUGGCGAGCGAUGUUUCGAGGUGGCCAGCUCACGUCCGCGUCAUCAACACAUAUGGACCUGCAGAAUGCACUCCAACCAGCACGAUUUUCAAUCUCGGUAAUCAUCGCGAUGAUGAGGACAUUGUUAUCGGAACAGGAGCUGGAUCCGUGACUUGGAUCGUCAACCCUGAAGAUCAUCAAGUAUUGGCCCCCAUCGGAACUCCAGGAGAGCUUCUCAUCGAGGGCCCUAUCAAUGACGGCAAUGGUUAUCUUUCGAACCCUCAAGCAACAGAGGUGGCCUUCAUCAACGAUCCAUCCUGGCUUGUUCGAGGAGGUGGUGAGAAUUACCCAGGACGACGGGGUCGUCUCUACAAGACUGGAGAUCUUGUGCGGUACAACAAAAAUGGCGAGUUGCAUUUCCUCGGACGCAAAGACCAGCAAAUCAAGAUUCGCGGGCAACGUGUGGAACUGGGCGAGAUCGAACAUCAGGUUCUUCAAUGCUUUUCAGACGCUGUUGAAACUGCCGUUGAUGUCAUCACGCCCGCCGGAGCCUCCAAUAACCAACAGCUGGCGGCCUUUGUUGUUCUUCGUAUCUCGGACGUUACCACGCCACAGUUGAUCUUCGUUCCCAGCGAGACAACCAGACAGCUCUCUGAAGCCCUCCCAGCAUAUAUGUGUCCAAAUGUAUUCAUCGCCGUCGAGUCACUGCCUUUGAAUAUCUCGGGAAAGACAGACCGAGCACAGCUCAAGACGAUUGGGUCUUCAUUCACAGCCGCACAGAUUCACGACUUUAGUAAUGACUCCGGCACCAUCAAGCAGCAGCCCACUACCUACAGCGAAACUGCCCUACAGAAACUUUGGGCAACUCUCCUCAACCUCAAUGCCGCCUCUGUAGGCAUACAUGAUCACUUCUUCAAGCUCGGUGCAGACUCUAUCAUUGCAAUGAAACUUGUGACAGAGGCUCGCCGCGGAGGGUUCGCUAUUUCUGUGGCAGAGGUUUUCCAAAAUCCUAUACUGGAAGACCAAGCCAAACGACUAUCAGUCAACACAAGCAAGGCACUCGUAAAGAUCCCACCAUUUUCUCUUUUAGGCAACAAGGAUAUCUCAAAGUACAAAGAGCAAGCUUCCAUUGCUUGUGCGGUUCAGUCUGAGGAGAUCCAGGAUAUAUACCCCUGCUCUCCCCUGCAACAAGGCUUACUCGCUCUGACUUCCAAGCGUCACGGUGACUACAUCCUUCAACAAGCAAUGGAACUGGAAGAAAACACCGACCUCGAUCAACUGCGAGAUGUCUGGGACCACGCUGUCUACUUGAGUCCUAUUCUUCGUACCAGAAUCGUUCAGCUCACCUCGGGACUAUUCCAGGUGGUACUAAGUCACAAAGUCGCAUGGCACACGGCAGACAGUCUUGAGAGCUAUCUAGAAGAGGACAAGAAGAAGCCUAUGGGGCUUGGGGAACCCUUGACACGAUUUGCAAUCGUCUCUGAGCCCAAGACAGGGGUAAAAUGGUUUGUCUGGACAAUACAUCAUGCGCUGUACGACGGGAUCUCUAUGCAGCUUAUCAACGACCUUGUGUACCAACUACAGCACAAACAAGCACCAAAGCCACAGCUGGGGUACAACAUGUUCAUCAAGUACCUCCAAGAGUCAGACUCGGAUGCUUCAGCUGCAUUUUGGAAGCAGAGUCUUUUGGGCUUCGAGGAAGAUCCCUUCCCACUUAUUCCACGCGCUCUACGAGGCGUUAGCUCAAGUGGCACAGUUACCUCGCAUUGUACAUUACCCCCAGUCCUUCCUGGUGGCGUAACAAAAGCAUCCAUGGUCAAUGCAGCUUGGGCCUUGACGGUAGGCGACUACACCCGCUCCCAAGAUAUCGUGUUUGGAUCCGUUGUUUCUGGGAGAAAUGCUUCAGUAGCCACGAUUGAAACGAUGAUUGGACCGACCAUUGCAACGGUACCAUUCCGCGUGAAGAUCUCCCCGCAAGACACGGUCUCGAGCUACCUUGAGAAAGUCCAGCGUCAGUCUGCGGCGACCAUUCCGCAUGAGCAGUUCGGUCUACAGAACAUAUCGCGCCUUAGUCAACAUACACAGAGGGCUUGUCAAUUCAACACUCUUGUGGUAGUUCAGCCGGGCGGGAAUAGCGAGGCUACCACUUCUUCCUUCGGCACGUGGCGUGCUCUGCCGGGAUCAGACAAUGCAUUCACCACUUACGCACUGACUGUGCUGUGCGAGAUAACCGAAGAUGGAUUCGACUUAGUAGCCAAGUUUGAUCCCAGAGUCAUCGAAGAUUGGCAUAUCGAAAACAUGCUUGAUCGAUUCGCUUUCGUCCUCUCGCAACUUGCCACGAAUGAUCCACUGCAAUCUCUAUCAGUGAUUCACAGCCUGUCUCCUCGUCAACUUGAGCAAGUUUGGGGUUGGAACUCUACGCUCCCAGCACGUCAAGACCUUUGCAUCCAUGAGAUAUUCCAAAUCAACGCCCAGAAGCACCCUGAUGUCCUGGCCAUAGAUGCUUGGGACGGCCGACUGACUUACAAGGAAUUGGAUGAGGUGACGACCAUUCUGGCCUCUGAGCUGAUCAGAGCCGGCGUGGUACCUGAGGACAAGGUACCCUUGUUCUUCGAAAAGAGCGUUUGGGCUGUUGUCUCCAUGCUAGCUAUUAUGAAAGCGGGAGCCGCCUUCGUCGCUCUUGAUCCAACGCAGGCACCAGAACGGAGGAACCAGAUCCUCAACCAGCUCGGAUCAAGCCUCGUUUUGACGUCAGUGAAACAUGCCUCCGUGUCAUACGGGGAACGUCUUUUAGUCUUGGCUAUAGGCCCCGAAACAAUCGCGGCCUGCAGGAAUAUGCCAACAACCGAGUUACCGAGCCCCAAUUUGCAGGCACCAAUAUACGUCAUCUUCACGUCUGGUAGCACGGGUCUACCAAAAGGCGUUGUGUUGGACAACGCUGCAAUCAGCACAUCCUGCAUGGCCCACGGAGAGAGACUCUUUUACGCACCUGAGCUUCGAGUACUUCAAUUCGCGUCCUACACGUUCGAUGCUAGUAUGGUUGAAAUCCUUACUUCAUUUUGCUUUGGAAGCACCAUCGUCAUACCCUCCGGGGACGAUUUACGGAACAACCUCCGAGAAACAGCCAAGGCCUCCGAUCCUGGCAUGAUGUUACUCACACCAACAGUCGCUAAGCUCUUGAGUCCCUCAGACGUGCCGAAUCUCAAGACACUCGCCCUUGGCGGAGAGUCAAUGACACAGGAGGACGUUGAGAAGUGGGCUUGCAUUGAGAACCUUUGCCACGCAUAUGGUCCAACAGAAUGCGGCAUCAUAGCUACGAUCAGUAACGUAGGUCGACCAAGUGACACUAUCGAGAUAGGUACUUCUGUUGGCUGCUGUUGCUGGGUUGUCGAUCCCCAUGACUCGAACCGCCUACUUCCUCCAGGGGUAGUUGGAGAACUCGUUGUCGAAGGCCACACGUUGGCAAGAGGAUAUCUUGGAGACAAGUCUCGCACUGAGGAAGUCUUCAUAUCCAGUCCCCAAUGGCUUCAGGAUGGUAGUGCAAACUACCCAGGGCGCCAUUCAACGCUUUACAAGACUGGCGACCUCGUCUAUUCUAACCAAUAUGGCAGCUUGGUGUUCAAGGGACGAAAGGACAACCAGGCUAAGUUACGCGGCCAGAGAUUAGAGCUUAGUGAAGUUGAGCACCACCUACGAACUGCCAUAGCUGAUGUCCAACAAGUCGCUGUUGAGGUCAUCAAGCCAUCUGGGCCUGGCGGCAGAGAGGAACUGGCCGCUUUCCUUGUUUUCGAAAAACAAGAUCAGAAGCAAGAUACGACAACUGAUGUUCAGUCAAGUGUCUUGUCCCUUCCCAGAGGGGCAGAAGAGGCCCUGGCAAAGGUCCUUCCCGGUUACAUGAUCCCAACAGUCUUUUUUCAAUUGGGUUAUCUACCUGUCACCAACUCAACCAAGACAGAUCGCAAGAAACUCAAGCAGAUUGGGUCCUCGUUCUCCGCAUCGGACAUGAUCCAGCUGCGCAAUGAAAACAGAGGAGAAAGACGGAUGCCAGUGACAGAUGAGGAGGUGACGAUGCAGAACCUUUGGGCAAGGAUCCUCAAUGUGGACGCUACCAGCAUCGGCCUCGAUGAUACAUUCACCAGCUUGGGAGGCGACUCUAUCACUGCCAUGCAAGUAUCGGCUGCGGCGUUGGCCGAUGCGUUGAAGAUCUCGACCAGUCGUAUUCUGAUGGAAAAGACAAUCUCUCGCAUUCUAGCAGCUGGUGAAUCCACCCAAACGCCACAACAGCUCGACCUCAGUGGCUUCACUGAAGACCCUGGACAAUCAUUCCCACUGAGUCCGAUCCAGCAACUUUACUUUAAACUGAUCCACAAUCCAGCCAUUGUCUUUGACCAAUGUUUCCAUUUCGAGCUUACGCGUCAUAUCCCCUUUGAAACAAUCGACAAGGCUUUCCGGGUCAUGCUGAAGACACAUUCAAUUUUCCGUGCGCGGUACAAAAAGACAACUGAUGGUGUCAAGCAAUAUUUCUCUCGUGACUCGAACGACAGUUUCAGCAUCUCAAGGCACAUCGGGAAGACCGUGGAAGAGAAGGACAGAGUUAUCGAGGAGAGUAGAUCAAGCCUCGACAUCGAAAACGGGCCAUUGGUAGCAGUGGUACUUUUUGAGAAUGCCUCCACGCAAACCUUGUUCAUCUCGAUACACCAUCUGGCCGUCGACAUGAUGAGCUGGCGCAUUAUCCUAGGAGAACUAGAGGAUCUCCUCAACGGUAAAGAAAUCACGACUUCACGCAGCCUGAGCUUCCCAGCAUGGUCCACGCUACAAUCCAAGUAUGCAUCGACGCACCUCCACAACAAAUUCGAGACACUAUUCCCUGCACCCAUAUCCUACUGGGGCUUGAGUCCCGAUGUACGUCUAAGCAUGGCGUGUACGAACACGAAGACCUUCAGGGUGGAGGGAAAGGCCGCGGAAAUGUUACUCAACAAGCAUAAUGACAGCACAGGGCCUCGGCCUCUCGAGAUCUUGAUAGCGUCUAUGCUCCAUUCUUUCAAUUCUAUCUUCAUCGACCGACCAUUGCCCGUUGUCUUCAACGAAAGUCACGGGCGAGAGGCCUGGGACGAGUCUCUAGAUAUCUCCAGAACGGUGGGCUGGUUCACGACGAUGUAUCCAGUCCAUAUCGAAGAAAGCACCACCGACCUUGGAAUAAUGCUACAAAAGACUUCUGAUUCCAUCCGUAGCUUUGACCGAAAUGGUUGGGACUACUUUACUUCGAGCUUCUCCAGCCCUGAGGCCGCCGAUGCCUUUGUCUCGCAAUUCCCGGUCGAGGUCAUUUUCAACUACUACGGCCAAUUCCAGCAGCUGGAGAGAGACGAUGCUCUGUUCAAAGGCCUGCCAGUGGCCAAUCCACCAGCGAUUGACCGUUUUGCGUUGUUUGAUGUGUCUGUGCAUGCCAUGCAGGGAUGUGUGUCUGUGACAGUUGAGUUUGAUAACAGGAUGUGCUACCAGGAAAGGAUUUUAGCGUGGCUAGAGGCGUAUGAGGCUACUUUGACAUCUCGUUGA